AUAGUGGUAGGAAGUCCCAACGUCCGAGGAUAGUAGUAUGUGAGGCGCCUCAGACAGCCGCGUGUCCCCGCCCUCAGAGUCAUGUUGAUCCUAUGUCUCUUGCCAGUACUCAGGCUUUUACCCCAUUACUCUCCUCCCACACAUUCCCGUCUGGGGUACCUGCAUCUUUCCAGUACUCAGCGGUACCUCCAUCCUUCCAGCAUCCUGGUGUUCCAUCGUCCUUCCAGCAGGCAGGUGGACCUAGCUUUCCAUUCACACAUACUGGUGUGCCCCCUCCCAGUUUUCCAUUCUCCCAUACUGGCAUGCCUUCAUCCUUCCAGCAUACUGGAGCAUCUGGUUUUUCAUAUCCCAUCCAGAUGACUUCAUCCUUCCAGCAGACGGGAGGAUCCAGCAGUACACUUCCGACACAGGCUGGACGAUCUCCUAGUCCACGCCCCACACAGGCUGGACAAUCUCCCCGUCCGCGUCCCACACAGGCUGGACGAUCUCCUAGUCCACGCCCCACACAGGUUGGAGGCUCACGCACCCCACAUCCCACACAUGUACCAGCACGUGAGGUUGAUGAGGCAGUUGAUGAGAUAGAUGGAGCUGAUCUUCGUGGGAGGGAUGAUCCUGGUGAGAUUCAUGUCAUUGACGGCAGAUUUUGGAUUCAACCCGAAGGAAGCAAUUUUACGCCGAGUCGGACUGCUGCUAGGGUUGUUAGCUAUAUAAUUCAGCAGAUGUAUAAAUCAGCUUUUAAGAGCUAUGGGGACGUCAAAAAUAAAGAUGAAUGGUUUAGAAUGUUUAAGGAGAAAUGUGUGUGGGAUCCUUUGAGUGAAAAAACUGUUCAGAAAGUUUUCAAUACCAGAUGCUCUAAAAGAAUGUCUGAUAUGCUGCGGCGAGUAAGGGAGAAUCAUGAGCUUCAUGGAAUCCGUCCUAACUGGAUAGGCGAUGAGAACCUUUCCGCAAAAAGAAAAAAUCCUGGGAGAAUUACGUUACCUGUCACCAAAGGAAACAUAAAUGUUGGUAAAGCACUCAUUGAUAUGGGUUCAAGCAUAAAUCUUUUACCAUUGCUGGUGAUUAAGCGUAUAUGUGAUCUUGACAUAAAGCACACUAAAAUUCUGGCCCUUUACAAUAGAUGUCAAGAUUGA